AUGACUUUGCUACUGCUGAGCAUCUUGCGAGCAGUAGCUGCAUUUAUCCUUGGAAAUGAACUUGAAAUCCGCCAACAGAAAGGAUCUAUUGCUCCUGAUGUAGUUCUUCUCACUGUGGAGGAUCCACAGACUCGUGUUGGUAGUGGUGGUGCCACCCUCAAUGCAUUGCUGGUAGCUGCAGAACAUCUCAGUGCCAAGGCAGGAUAUACGGUUGUCACCUCUGAUGUACUGCAGACAGCACGAAUACUGAUCCUCCACAUGGGCCGAGACUUUCCCUUUGAUGACUGUGGACGUUCGUUCACCUGUUUGCCAAUGGAAAACUGCGACAGCAAAGCAGAAGCCCUCGUCUGUAACAUCGAUGUUCUGCUGCACAUCAUGACAUAUAAGUUGGGACCAGGUUGUCCACCAGGCGUGUGGGUCUGCAGCACAGAUAUGAUCCUGACUGUCCCCUCCUACCCAGAUAUUUGCUGGGAAGGAUUUAGUGGCGUCAAAGUGGUGUCUGUCCCUGGCACAGUCAGUUAUGCCAGGAAUCAUGGCAUCUACCUCAUUGACCAAGAGGGUUACGUCUGUGACAUCAUCUAUAAAGGGACGGAAGAGAGGAUAAAAGAAUGUGCAUUAUCGGAUGGUAGAGUACCUCUGGUAUCAGGCAUUGUAUUCUUCUCGUGGGAGACUGCUGAGAAACUCCUGGCCACACAUGUGACUCCUCCUCUGGACUCCUGCACCUAUAUGGGUCUGGACUCGGGGACACGUCCUAUUCAGCUGUCUAUUUUCUUUGACAUCUUGCUCUGCAUGGCACGACAUUCUUGUGAAGACAUCUUUGUGAACAAAGCAGGUCGGAUUCUGCAGAGCAGUGACAUUGCAAAGCCCAGCAUGACGAAUAGCAGUGAUAUGGCCAUCAUGAGGAGUGCCAGAGCUGUGCUGUGGCAGGAACUCCGUGGAAUUCCCAUCACUGUAGCCUACAUAGUUGAUGGUUGCUAUGACUAUAUGAGCUUGUCGGCAGAUGAUCACAUACAGAACUUGACGCGGAGGGGGAUCAUGUCGAGCUGUUUCGUGGCCCGUCACAUUGUCCAUUCUGAGCUCACACAUCCUACGCUGGUGCACAAGGACUGUUCUGUCAUCAACAGCCUGCUGGAUGGGGAGAUCGCGAUUGAGCCAAAUAGUGUUGUCCAACAUUGCCACCUGCAGGGGUCCAUUCAUUUAAGAUCCGGCUGUCUUCUUUCGGGAGUGGACUUGAUGUCAGCAGCUGUCCUCAGCCAGUACCAGCUCUGUAGUGUAAUCAUCCAGGGACGACACAUCAGGUUACGGGACCUAAAACUGAAGAUCUUCAGCAUCACAGGGCGUCAGGAUGAUCUGCAGGUGCCUUUCGCCAGUGAUUCCUCCACUUUCCUGAACAUCCCGUGGGCCACAUUUUUUUCAAGGACAGGAAUAAAGAAAGAGGAGCUGUGGGACCCCAACAUUCCUGAAGGUGACCAGUGCUUGCUUAAUGCUCGGCUCUUUCCAGUCCUGCACGUAUCGGAACCUAUUGGGAUAGAGGACGUGCUGUGGUUUCUGGAAUCAGAGAGAGGACAGUUUUUGAGCAAGUGGCAGUCCGCUUGGCGCCUAUCGAUGAGAGAAGUCCUGAACUGUCUGGACCAGCAAGCUGAGCUCGCUUGGCGACAGCAGCUCUUCCUUAACCAGGCUCAGCAUAAAAUCCAGAGUACACUACUGGGCCGCAAAGACAACAGCCUCUGGCCUCUGAUCAGGGCAGCCGUUUGUGAAGGUCAUGAGCAGCAGAUCCUUAGCACUCUUGAUACAGUUGCUACUACCACUGAGGACCUGGGCAUCGCAGCCCGAACCCUCGCCUGUGUUGCUGAUGUCUUGGGUUGCAUGGCUGGAGGGCAAGGAGGGCUCCGGAGUGGACCUGCUGCUAACCCAGCAUGGACUGAUGCUUUCCACCUACUGGAAAGCAGGAAUGUGGUGCUUGGAGUGAAGAGACUGGCGGAGGAGAGGGCCAAAUGGCUGAACAGGCCAGACCUUCUGGUGAGGGCAGCCCGUCAUUAUGAGGGAGCGGAACAGAUCCUAAUCCGACAGGCUGUGAUGUCAGCACGAAGGUUCAUCUCCAUGGGCCAGGGAGAGCUUCCUCCCAUGAAUCACUGGGUGGUGGCAGAAUGCCCUGCCCGCAUUGACAUCUCAGGUGGCUGGAGUGACACACCUCCGAUAACAUAUGAGCAUGGAGGAGUGGUGCUGAAUAUCGCCGUUCUAGUGGACAAGUGCAAACCAGUUGGUGCAAAAGUGCGUCGCAUAGCAGAGCCCAAGCUGCACUUAGUCCUGAACAGUGGAAGCAAAGAGACAGGAAUGAGCAUGGAGAUAGUGUGUCGGACUUUAGAGGAUCUGCGGGACUACUCCCAGCCGCGUGCACCAGGUGCCUUGUUGAAAGCAGCCUUUAUCUGCACAGAAAUUAUACGCUACCCUUCGCAGGUAUUGCUGCAGGAUCAGUUAAUGUCAGGGUUUGGUAGUGGCUUUGAGCUUCACACUUGGUCCAAUCUGCCACAUGGAUCUGGCCUCGGUACAAGCAGUAUCCUUGCUGGGGCAGUGAUGGCAGCUCUGAUCACAGCUGCUGGAAAAACCUGCAACACCUCGUCCCUCAUCCAUGCCGUUCUUCACCUGGAGCAGAUGCUGACAACAGGUGGAGGCUGGCAGGACCAAGUCGGAGGUCUAGUACCUGGUAUCAAGAUUGGUCGGUCCAAGUCCCAGUUGCCGCUGCGAGUAGAUGUUGAGCGCAUUGCAGUGACUGACGCCUUCAUGAAGACUCUGAAUAACCACUUGCUGCUGGUGUACACGGGGAAGACAAGACUCGCACGCAACCUUCUACAGGAUGUACUGAGGAGUUGGUACGCCAGGGUGCCCAGUAUUGUGGAGAAUGCAGAUGCGCUGGUCAGGAAUGCAGAGGAAUGUGCUCAAGCUUUUAUCAAAGGUGACCUCCCCUGGAUUGGCCAAUGCCUGAACACUUACUGGCAGCAGAAGAAAUGCAUGGCUCCUGGGUGUGAGCCCUCUGCCGUCCGACAAAUAAUGGCUGUCCUCCAGCCCCACGUACACGGGCAGAGCCUGGCUGGGGCAGGAGGUGGAGGCUUCCUUUACCUUCUGACCAAGGAACCUCAACAGAAAAACGCCAUCGAGAGGAUACUGAGAACAAGCAAGGGUUUGGGAAACUUCAGUGUCCAUGCAGUGGAAGUAGAUGAGACUGGAAUCACUGUGCGUUUGAGUGGAGCUGGGGGAGAAUGAAUCCUACACGAACUAUUU